AUGGCCGGAUCGAAUCCUUUUCGCGCCAGGAAUCUGGGAACCCCCGAUUCAGGCUUGCCUCCCUCCAUUAUUGCCCCUGUUUUAUCCAAGUCGCAGUUUACCCCACCAGCCGCCCCGAACGGUUACGGAAAGUCUUCAAUUUCCCUCGAGCGCGAGGUGGACGACUCGAGCUCCGACCAAGAUACAAACCCGUUCCAUCCGAACGUGUCGGCCAGCGACAGCGAUGAAGACAAUCGGCCAAACCACUGGACAGCAUCCGAUGAUCGCCCAGCAUCCUUUGGGCCUGCUCCACACCAAGCUCCAUCACCAGAUGGAUCCUCCACAUCUUCCGUUUCGCCCGACCGCAGUAUGCGGUCAAUAAGGGGUGCAGCCCCUGACGCGUCCCCGGACACCUUCCAGCACGCAAUUAUUGAGACAGAACAGCCGUCCCCAAGGCUGGAAACAAGUGCUAGUCCUCCCAACCGCAGAGACAGGAAGCCUCCCCCUCCGCCAAAAAGCCAUCAUGGGCGAAGGAUCAGCUCUACAAGCACAGAACCAGCCCAGGCAGACCGGUCUCGGUCUACAAACCGUCUCUCGAUCCAUGGCUUCCCUAGCAGUGUAACAUCUGGUGCUUCAAAUCCCAGUACGGUGUCGCUGCCAUCAACUGCCGACUACUUGUCGGCCUCAACGGACGACCAGAGGGCAACGGAAGCGACGGGUUCGCUCACACGCAGUCACUCUCAGAAUAAGCGUCCCCCAACACCACCGCUCAGUCGACGGCGUAGCCAAAUGCAGAGAUCCAAGUCCACACAGUCCAAACACAACCGAUUAACACUGUCUUCAUACGACUCCGAUAGCAAUCAUAGCUCUCGUCCUUCCAGUCCGGGUCCAUCCACCCGAUCUCUUGCGCACAAGAGAAUCAGCAUGCCCCCGCCGUCUUCGGGGGGUUUCCAGCCGAUGACCCCCCUUGCCGACGUUUCCUUGAACGUCUCCCCUCCUACUACUUCUAGACCAGCUUCCCUGAAGGCCGGACGGCGAGCUUCGUCCUACGGCACUUCGGGGAGUGCAGCAGGCUCAACAGGACCACCUCCACCCCCACCACCACGAAGGACGCGAGACUCUAUGAUCCGUAGUAGUGAUAGUGUACCGGUUCCAAAGCCAGAGAACCAGCCUCCUUCCAACGCCCUGGACAUCCUGGCGGACCUCACCAAGUUGCAGAAAGAGUUGCUUUUUUUCUUUUUUGUCUUUUCUCUCUCUCUCUCUCUCUCUCUCACUCCUUCCAAUUCUCCAUCUACAAACAUCAUGACCACUCCCACUCUAAUCAACUUGCCGCCUCCCCCAUCGGACCCGGUCACCCCGUCUGAUAUGGGACCAGGCACCCCUAACUCCGGAACUACAUCCCUCUCCGCCCUCUCGACCACAGCCAUCAAAGACGGCCACCAGGGCCACUUCCCCCAUGGUCGUCACGCUCACCAUUCCUCCACUUCAUCAGCCACAACCCUAGAAGCCGAACGAGCAGAUCGCAUCUCGCGACUCGCUGGUCUUGAGCGAGUCGCCACAGCCCGCGCCGGCAACCAGACAUCCGGCCAAGUCCCCACAUCUUAUGCCCCGGGCUACUUCGAGAGUCAGCCGCUGAAAGAGCGCAGCACCGUCGGCAGCGCCAGUGCAACGGGUAGUCUCGGUGGCCGGACAACCUGGGCCAGUAGCAGCGAUGUUUACGACGCUGACAAAAUGAGUGAAGACCACGACGACGAGACCGAUAGCGUCGGCAAUAUCAGUGAGAGUAAUGCCAGCUUGGUCGGCUUCGGUGAAGGCGCAAACAGUACGAUCAGUGGCCCGACUUCGCGCCCCCCGGGUUUGAAUCGCAUCUCGUCCGGUCACGGUAACCGCCCGCCCUCCAUGAGCUCGAAUGUCAGUCGUCCCAAUGCUCUCGCUUCGUAUCUGCAACAGCAGCAGUAUCAUGCUGGUGAAAGAUCGAUGGUUUCACCUUCGCCCGCGGGCUCGAGUACUCCCGAACCUUUGAAUGAGGAUGCCCGCAUGGUUGAUGGGAUGACAUUUGAUUCGGGUGUUGUUGAUACCACUGCUCGAACCCCACGAGUGGCUACGCCGUUGGGUAGUAAUGGAUUUGGCUCACCGGGUCGGGACUAG